GAUAACGUCUGCGUGCUCACGUCCGCUGAACUCUACUUUUUGCUAAACCAUUUUAAUUGUCACUGAUCGCUCGUCGCAAACCCGCAGUUUAGAGAAACGAGCGAGUAAACACCAGUGCCGUUUCCCAAUAUUAUGUGUUCACGACAUAUUUAAGAUGAGAAUAUUAUUGCUUUUAGCACUUCUUUUGUAUAAUAUUGUAGCUUUCGCCACACGAUCCGGUAUUUAUGAUUAUGAAGAUAUCGACGGAAAUAAAAGACAUUCGCUCAUAGACGAGAGAAGGAAUUGGAGGAAAAAGACUCUACUGAAAUCGGAAGAUCAUAAAGACUGGAGCGGACGAACAAGACACGAUUAUGAUAACACACGAUAUUUAGAUGAAGAUUCUAAACCGUUUAAUGGUAUAGAAAAACAGAGAGAUCAGGAUCUGUCACUGUAUAGAGGUCCACGGCAUUAUGAAGAUAUUGAAAAAUUAAGUGCACCAUCAGCACUCAAAAGUUCAGAAUUAGGUCAUUCUUCAGCAUUCAUAGAUAAAGAACCUGAAAAGAAACCCGUCGCUCUGAACUGUGAAAGGCCGCACGAAAAAUAUGAAGCGUGUUUCUCUGGAUGUGCAUCAGUGACGUGCGACAAUCCUCGAGAUCGUCUGCGGCCCUGCUACCCAUUCUGCGAACCUGGAUGUAUAUGCGUUCACCCGUAUGUCCGGGAUGAUAGAACACACAAAUGUGUUCUACCUGAAGACUGCACAAAGGGACUAAAAGGAAUACCUGACCUAGGCGAAGACAUUUAAAUUUGAUUUAAAUAUUAUAGCAUCUAUCAAAAUAUAAAUAAAUACCUACGUUAAUA